AUAAUUCAGUCUAUUAACAAUUCACUAAACAGCAUGUUGUGCCUUAAAUUUGGAUUUCCAGUGUUCAUUCUUUUGGCUACGAUUGCCUGCGCAUUUGAAGAUGAGUCUAUAUUCGAAGAUGAGUCUAUAUUCGAAGAUGAGUCUAUAUUCGAAGAUGAAGACAUAAACAAUCCAGCAUUACCACCACUUCCUUUCACUGGCAUAACAGUACCAGGUACAAAAUGGUGUGGUCCUGGUGAUAGCGCUGCAGAUUACGAUGAUUUGGGUACACAGCGUGAGACGGACACAUGCUGUCGCGCUCACGACCACUGUGAAGAGAUAUUAGAACCAGGGCAAACUUUAUACGAACUGAACAGCACGGACUUAUUCUGUAUCUUGAAAUGCACUUGCGAGCAAAAUUUCUUAAACUGCUUGCAAGCCGCCAACGAUACGAUGUCAAGUACAAUGGGACGCGUCUACUUUAGCGCAAGGAAAAAGUGUUUCGCUAACGGUUAUCCAAUUAUUAGAUGCCACGAAUAUCAGAAUGGGACUUUCGUUCAACGUUGCAUCCGAUAUGUAGUCGAUAAGAAGCAACCGAAAAUAUGGCAGUUCUACGAUAUGCCGUUUUAUAGUUAUACGUAAAUAAUUUUAAAUUAAGCUUACCUUUGGCUCAAAAACUUUUCUAGCUUCCAGGCUUCGCUUCAAAAAGACUAAGCUGUCCCCGUAAAAUUUGUUCACAUUAGUUUAAUCACUUUUUAUUCACUUUACUACUUUGAAUUCUUUCUUCUUUGCUUUAAUAAAACUUUACUAUCACACAAAAACGCGUAAAUUUUCACUCAAGUGAUUAUGAUUGAGUUUUUGAUGGCACUUGCUUAUUUUAGUUUGAACGGCAAAAGAAAACGGCGGGCGCAAAAAGUACAUAAUCAAAAUAAAAACAGCUUAUCUCUUAUGCUGACUACACACGAGGUAACCGUUGAGGCAACCA